CGCCACCGAGUCAGCCGCCAGUAAUGGUUACACUGUCCUGUAAACCAUGAAUUUGGAGACACCUUCUGCUAUUUUUUAUGAUGUGCUAUAUUGCGCCUAUAUUUUCGCCACAUCCUAGUAUCGUGGCCGUUAUGAAUCCAUAAUACACGUGUGCGAAUCUCGCGCUUGCGAUUGCUUUGCAUUUCCGAGCCGAUAUCUGCGCGUCUUCCCAAGUUUAGCCCUGUCUGCAACAUGGCCCAAUCGAGGGUGUAUCUACCGUCAGCAUCCGUGACUGUUGCGCAAGGUUUGGGUAACCAGGUUAAUCACGAUGACAUCGCGUCAAUUGUACAGUCCCAAAAACACAUCCUCACCAGACUGGAGAAGACGAAUGAGAUGCUGGCCAAUUGCAACACCCUCUCUGCUACACAAUUCAUGACAGCCAGUCAAGAAAUGCGGAAACACACACAGUUGCUCCUUGAUCUCAAGAAGGACCUUGAUUCUGUUUUCAGGAGAAUAAGAUUCCUUAAAAUGAAGCUCUCGCAGCAGUAUCCAACCGCAUUUUCAGCAUGUGGCAACGUUUUCAACGUCCUCGACGAAGAAGAAGAGACUGUGGCAAACAGGAGGUCACCCACAGUUACGGACACUGCAUGAAUUUCCUUACUGUACUGAGGGUGUCAACGUUUUGUGCUGCUGUUAAGCGCUACACUGAAAAUGAAAAGGCUCUGACACGCACCUUCACCAAUGGUUUUCCUGACACCUGCCAAAAGCGGCCCAGAAAAUGGUGUCGAAGAGGUGCAUUUUGCUCGCAAGGUGUGGGAUCUCUAGGUGAUUUCCAAAAGGUUCUCAAGAUUUGAAGGAAGCUCACUUUGUAAGAACACAAAAUCGAGGUAGUGUCAUCACCACGUGUAACACACUCUGGGUUAUCAAGGGAGGAAGAGGUGCAUUUACAUCAACAUGUGGCAUCUACAUGUACAUAAAUGUGAAUUAAAGCCUGGCAUAGCAACAUCUGCUUGCCAAUAAUAAGCUUCAAAAA